AUGCCAGUGUGGGCGCCAAACAUUCGUCCUCCAGGGGCUGGCUCCUACCUCGCCCUGGGUGUGGCACUCGGUUUAACAACAGGCUUGACACUCAACGCACUUAGGCAGCUGAAGGGCUCCAGGAAACCUCUACUCAUCAGGUCACCCCGUGAGACACAGUUGUCGAAACUUUCAAGAGAGGAAAUCGAUGCGUUGCCCUAUCCCCCAGACGCAUUGCCAGGGGGCCGGGACGUUGAGACACCAUACGGCAUCAUCAAAGUAUUCGAAUGGGGCCCUGAAGAUGGAGAAAAGGUUCUCCUGCUGCAUGGCAUCAGCACGCCUUGUUUAGCACUGGGAAACCUCGGGCAGGAGUUGGUCAGAAUGGGAUAUCGUGUUAUGAUAUUCGACUUCUUUGGGCGUGGCUACUCGGAUACUCCAACCGACCUCCCUUAUGACAUUCGCCUAUACACAACUCAGAUACUCCUCGCUCUUGCCUCGUCGAACGUGGCGUGGGCUGGGAAUGACGGAUUCCAUUUGAUUGGAUAUUCUCUGGGAGGAGGGAUUGCUGUCCCGUUCGCCAAAGACUUCCCCCACAUGGUCCGGUCUGUUGUCCUUAUCGCUGGUGGAGGACUGAUUCGGCCCGAACAUGUCAGCUGGAGGAGCAGAUUACUGUACUCGACGGGGAUAUUCCCAGAAUGGGCGCUCGAGUUUCUAGUUCGGAGACGCCUCAUGCCAAAACGACGAGAAGCUAUGACGGAAACAAGGAUGUCUACUCAGGUGGUGGACAGACCUAAGAUCAAGCACAAAAACAGUGAUGCCAACGGCGGAGAUGGUUGGGACUGCGCCACUCUGUUGGCACAUCGACCAGGCCAUACAGUGUCGUCCGUUAUGGAAUGGCAGCUUCACCAACACAGGGGGUUCAUUCCGGCUUUCAUGAGUAGCAUCCGUCAUGCACCCAUUUACAAUCAACACAAGGACUGGAUAGCUUUGGGGCGGCUCCUGGCCGAACGGAGGAAAGAGGCGGGCUGGGUGGACACAAGCUUGCCUGGCCUUAAGGGGGGAAGCAUUCUUUUAGUACUUGGAGCCAUGGACCCCGUUGUUUCGAAGGAGGAGUUGAUUCAUGACGCUACGGCUGUGCUGGGUGAGGAUGGGUUCGAGGCUGUGGUUUUGAAUAGCGGGCAUGAAUUGGUUAUGACCAAUGCGAUUGAAGUUGCCAAUACUGUUGCUGCUUCACCAGCCCCAUCCGGGCCCCAGCCCUCCCUCACCUUUACCCGCCCCGUCUUCGCCAAGCUCUCCCCCCACCCAUACCUCCUUCGCACUCUUUCCCCCGACUCCCCAGACCAGCAGCCCACCCGCAACAACGGCCGCGCGCCGCACCAGUCACGCCCGAUCCAGAUCAAUACCUCCUCUCUAUCCCAAGCUCAUGGCUCUUCUCUCGUCCGAACAGGCGACACGACCGUCAUCUGCGGCGUCCGAGGCGAGCUCCUCCCCGUGACGGCCAUUCCCCAAUUCCGACCUCACAACGGGACGCUCUACGAUCAAGACGAGGGCGAUGAGGCAAGGGCGAGGAAAGAACUCAAGGAUUACGAUCUGUUAGUCCCCAAUAUUGAGCUGGCAACAGGGUGCGCGCCGCAGUUCUUGCCGGGUGUGCCGCCUACGACGUUGGCGCAGACGGUGAGCACGAGGGUGUACAGUCUUUUGCACGGGGCUGGGGUGGUGGACGGGCGGGGGUUGAGGGUGUGGUUCACGCCGGAGAGUAAGAAGGAGGAAGGGGAUAUGGAAGUUGAAGGGGAGGAGGAGCGGGAGGAGCAGAAGCCGCAGGUGGUGGCGUAUUGGGUGCUGUAUAUUGAUUUGCUCUUUGUCAGCUUUGACGGGAACCCGUUUGAUGCUGCUUGGGCGGCGGUUUUGGCUGCGCUGAAGGAUACGAAGCUUCCCAUGGCGAGGUGGGAUCCUGAUAGGGAGAUGGUUGUUUGCCGGAAGGGGCAGGAUACGAGGUUGAAUGUCAGGGGACUGCCGGUGGCUUGUUCGGCGGCGGUGUUUUUGGAGAAGGAGCAUGGUGAGGUGGGAAGGGGGGAGCGAAAUAGGCAUUGGAUUUUGUUGGAUCCGGAUCGGAGCGAGGAGGAGCUGUGCAAGGAGGUUGUUACUGUUGUUGUGGAUUGCUCGGACGGGGGGGAGACGAGGGUGAGGAGUAUUGAGAAGCAGGGUGGGACGGUGAUUGGGAGGGAGUUGAUUAGGGGGUUUGUUGGGGUUGCGGAGGGGAGGUGGAGGGAGGUGAAGGAGGCGAUGGGGAAUUAG